UGAAUGAUAGAGCAUGAUUUCAGUGACAUGGUUCUAUUGAUGAAAACCAUAUCUAAUAUGAUCAUAUCAGAUAAUAAUUUUCAACAAAGUCUUAAAGAUGAGUACGAUUAAAUCUGCCAUAAUCACAACAUUAUUAGCAUAUUUACACAUAUAAUCAUCAUUCCAGCUUGAUUAUUGUCCUAAUAUAUAUAUAUAUGCGUCUGUGUGUGUGUGUGAUGUUGACAAAAAUACCCAGCCUUGUUUAGCAGUCUAGUCAGAAAAAUUCACAGCUAGUACUAGUACAUCUAUGGCAUGCCUACUAGAAACUAUAAUCCUGACCAGAUGACUCCAGUUAAUUUUAAGCCAUGGAUAAUCCUCAAGAUUAGGCUAGAAAGCAGAAAGUAGGAACUCCUCCAUAUCCCCAUGUCAACAGAACUGACGUAUCCCCUGGACCUGCCUCAGAAGACACGUUGAGUCCCAUUUCCAGCCACGUAUAUCUCUACGUGUCAUGACAAGAACACAGUUUAUACGCACAAAUUUCAGCAAUUUGUAACACCUCAGUAGGGUCACGUCAAUUGUAGCUUACUAUAAAUAUGUUGUCUCGGUUGUUUCCAACACCAAAGGUUUUCGCUGGAGUUUCUUGGUUUUAUAGUCCAAUCAAAACCCAGUUGAGUAGUUAUCGGAUAAGUCAGUUUCCGGCUAUAUCUCAGGCGAUUCAUAGACCUAAUAGAGUGUUUGUGGGAAUGGCUUCAGGUGGGCAAAAGUUUCCUCCACAAAAGCAGAAUAGCCAGCCUGGUAAAGAGCAUGUUAUGGACCCAACUCCACAGUACACCAACCCUGAUUAUAAGCCCUCUAAUAAGCUCCAGGGAAAGGUGGCAGUGGUGACUGGUGGAGAUUCUGGCAUAGGAAGAGCUGUGUGCCGUAGUUUCGUGAUUGAAGGAGCAACCGUGGCCUUCACAUAUGUUAAGGCUCAAGAGGAUAAGGACGCUGAUGAUACUCUUCAGAUGCUAAAGAAGCAUAAGACUGCUGAUGCUAAGGAUCCUAUUGCAAUACCUGUGGAUUUGGGGUUUGAUGAGAAUUGCAAGAGAGUGGUUGAUGAGGUGGUAAAUGCGUAUGGUCGGAUUGAUAUUUUGGUUAACAAUGCAGCUGAGCAGUAUGAGUGUAGCUCUGUGGAGGAGAUUGAUGAGCAGAGGCUUGAAAAGGUGUUUAGGACUAAUAUCUUCUCCUACUUCUUCAUGACCAGGCAUGCCUUGAAACACAUGAAAGAAGGCAGCUCUAUAAUCAACACAACAUCAGUUAAUGCAUAUAUGGGAAACUCCCAGUUGCUUGACUACACAUCAACCAAAGGUGCAAUUGUGGCUUUCAUUAGAGGACUAGCACUCCAGCUAGUUAGCAGAGGCAUAAGGGUCAAUGGCGUCGCGCCUGGACCCAUUUGGACUCCAUUGAUACCGGCAUCAUUCAAAGAGGAGGAGGUUGCGAAUUUUGGAAAACAAGUGCCUAUGCAAAGAGCUGGCCAGCCAGCUGAGGUUGCCCCUAGCUAUGUGUUCCUCGCUUGUAACCACUGCUCUUCUUACAUUACUGGCCAAGUCCUUCACCCUAAUGGUAAGUUUGUUCUUCAUGCUUACACAGCAGUUGCAAUUGUAACUGAUGGUUGGUUGGUUGGUUGUUGCAGGUGGUGUAAUCGUGAAUGGUUAAUUAUUGAGGGCUUGUCAAGCUUCUGAUCUUUUAGUUUUUGUGUUUAGGCUUAUGGCCUUUUUUGUGAUGCUAGUGCAUGUGUUUUGAUGUCUGUUUCUUCCAUGGAACACAGUAUAUGCCAAGUCUCUAUCAUGUUGAUGUAUGUAUGUCUAUAUGAUGUCCAGUAGUCUUCAACACACACACACACACACACACACACACAGAACGUUAAAAUAUCCAGUUUGUUACUUUUAUGAAACCAAGCUGUAGAACUUGUUGCUGUAA